AUGUCUUGUCAGGUGGAGCAAAUUGCUGACUGCGGAGACAUAUCAUCUUUAGCUCGAGCUCUUUUCGUAUUUGAACGAGACGACGCAAAUUGGCUAUCCCAGUGCUCCGUAUCGCUGUCAUCAUGCGGGAAUUUGCUCGCAGUGGGCUUUAAAAACCGCCUUUGUCUACUUACAACACAGUGGAUUAGUUCGACUGAUAGCAAUACUUAUUUGAUAUCGUGGAGCGGAACGCUUCCGUCAGAUAUUACUGCAUUACUUGCCCUGUCUAUAUGCCCUUCGCAACAGUCAUCUCAAAAUGGCCCUGACUGGUUUUGCAUACUAGUGGGUUUCAAAAAUGGGAGUAUUGGUUUCUACACAAAUACUGGCCACUUGUUAUUGUUAGAGAAACUUGAUGACAAACCAGUGCUGAAGAUUUCGUGUCACACGGGUACUUAUGGGACACUGCAAGAUGAUAUACACAUAUUAUUUCAAAACUGUGAAUGUAUAGUGUCAGGUUCUGGCUUGUUCCAAACUCUGAGGAAUGCUAAAGCACAGCUAGCUAAAGUACAAGCAGGUGUACAAGGUGACUACUCAGUGGACAGCCGCAAUAUUGGCAUAAGGAAGUGGAUAUUCUCAGACCAGGGGAUCAUCAAUGAUGCAGCUGUUGUGGGCCUUGAGCUUAAAAACUCCUAUGAUCAUUUAUUGGCUGCAUCUACCUAUGGUGGAUAUGGUGUAUGGUAUAGGUCUAUUCCGCCCGUGAACUCACUAAUACUGGGGGCGGGAGUGACGCCGUAUGUAGGAUUCCAUUACGCACUUGAAGGUGGCACGACGCCACCCCUGCAAGAUGUGGCGCGAACUGUGGCUAACAGGAUUAAAUCUGCACUACCAGGGUGGCUUGGCGGCGGAACAACAGAAAGUCAAUCGGCACCCGAGCCUCAAGUCCGAUCAGAGCAAUUAAUCAUGCGAGCUGGCCUAUACGACUCGCAACGUCACGGUACUGUUGUCGCCGUAUCACCCGACAGGAGGCUUGCAGCGGUGGCCGACAAUGUUGGGCGAGUCGCAGUGUUGGAUGUUCAACGCGGACAUCUUAUUAGACUGUUUAAAGGGUAUAGAGAUGCGCAAUGUGCUUUUGUUCAGAUGUUCGACAUUGAUAACAAAAAACCUCAACUGUCAGUAGUCAAAGAAAUCCAAAGAGCAAUAUUUUUAAUCAUCUACAAUCCUAAGAAAGGAUUAAUUGACAUAAGGCUAAUGCAGAGGGGUAAUCGAGUUGCCGUGUUUACUGCGACUAAAAAUGGGAAACUGAUUUACAAUACUUGCGGUUUGGUGGGUGCAGAGAAAAACUACACUCACAAGAAACUUAACUUACCAGAAUUUCAAUGUGUGCUCAUGGAUCCAGACGGUAAAUUGAAGAAGUUUAACAUUCCAUUCUUUUACGCACUUGAAGGUGAAAAUUCAGAUCGGUCUAAAGAUUUACACGCCCUGAGGGACUUACGUGAUUAUUUCAAGAAGACACCCAACGAUAGUGAAGAUUAUGCUACUGAGAUAGUGAACAAAGUUUCAGCAUUGCAAACUUUGGAACUUCAAAAACACUGUCUUGAAUUGUUAAUAAGGAAAUACGAAAUUUCGCCAAAGAUCGUUAUGGCUUGUUUAGAAGUGUUUUGGGAUAAACUCAACAACGACAAAGUGACUGAAGAGGAAGAAAAAAAUAAACAGUACUUUGCAAAUUUAAGUCUGGUCACGUUAUUUUACAGGCAUAUUAACAAUGAAGAUACAGAAGAUAUGAACAGCUUGAUCAAUAAAGUAUACAGUUACUUUGGUUUUGACAUUGAUUUUAAUGUAACACAAGAAAAAAGUGACAACGAAGAGAAUACAGAAUUUUGUCUCUUGGAAGACGAUAACUGUAUACUUGAAAGACUCCUGCAUUUAGCCCAAGAGAAUGACUACAAAGAACAUCAACACUCCAAAGUUACAUUCGCUGAUAAUAAAACCAGUACGUACAAAGAAUUCAUUUCCUGUUUCGUAUUAGAAGAAAAAGGCAAACAUAUUUCUUUAAAACCAGAUACAACAGUAGAUAAACUAAACAGUCUAGCAUCGGACACUUUUAAAUCAAUUUUUAAAAUAAAUGAUGUUCAAAUGCUGACUAGUUUUGUUCGAGAGAGCAACAUUGAGCCAAAGGAAAUAGUUAAACUCGUGAUUCUGCAUAUAAUGAACAUGCCUUUAGAGGAAAUAAGCAUUGAGUUAAUAGAUAAACUGAUAGCAGUUUUACAUUACUUAUGUAGUGUAACGGAAGAAGCGACGAAUAUAACUUAUAAUGAGACAUCACAGUGGUGGCAAUCAAUUCGAGAUAUGUUAGUAGACAUGCCUUGUCCAUUAAAGAGCAUGACCGUAGCCAUGGCCUGCAAAGCUGUUGGUAAAAUUUUCGAAAGCAAAUCCAUGGAAGGCGAUGAAGGAGCCUGGGUUUCGGUGACAAAGGAAAAUGCUAAAUGGAGAAUUCUCAUUGGAAAACUAGAGGAUAUUUCACUACUAAGCAUCAUUCUAAUGUUUAAAGACACUUUCAAAGGAGAAUCACUGCCAAAAUUACAAGUUAGCGAUAUAAAUAUUAAUUUGAAAUAUAUCUACACAAGAGGGAAAGGAUCUGUGACGGAAUUGAUUGCGAAAUGGUUGUGCGCUAUGGGUGUGGCGCCAGGCGCAAUUGUUGCUAAUGAAUUGUUGGAAAUAUUCAGUAGCCAGGAUCCCGAUUCCAUUGAUCCUGAAGAUGAUGACCCAAAUUACAUAUUUAUGCAGAACAAUAAAAACUUAGUAGACGAUAAUACUAAAAUUUUCAAAUGGCUCUCUCUUCUACGUCGCCAAUUUCCUCUAAGUACAUCUGCCAAUUAUAUUCUUGCUAACAUGUGUUGGGAAUACGCCAUGGAUUGGCAGAAGAAUACACAAAAACUAGAAGACUUGUCUGCUGUCGUGACAUGUCUACAACAUAUUUCAAAUUUGCAUUUACGGUUAGGCCUAUUUUCAAUAAUAUGGUCAACUUACAUCAAACACUUGUUCGAAGCGGGUUGUCGUUUGGUGAAUAAAGUAGGAAGACUGCCAAAAGAUCCUUUAUGCGUACAAGAUGUAGGCUUCAAUAGUGCAAAAUUGAUAAGCUUCCUUGAAAUAACUACGACAUAUCUAGACAAUUUCUUGCUUUGCGCCAAAACGUCUAAUGAACAAGAAAAACAGACUAUUCAGUUUGAAAAAAUAUGGGAUGAAAGCAUGCCUUCUCUUGUCGAAGUUGCACAAGAUACCAAAAAUGUUAAUAACGACAUUUUGAUUCUGAACUAUCAAAUAUCUUGUACGAUAUACUUUCAAUGCCAUUUCAACGUAAAAUACUCGAAACCACUUGAAAAUUUGUUCGAUAUUGAGUAUCAAUACAUAUUCGAUGCAUUGACAGGCAAUGUGACGCAAAGAGAGAUAAAUUUGAAAGCUUCUGAAAAAGUGAGAAAUCCCAGGCUAAAGUUCCUAACAAGGCUAAUACGAGCAGCGAUCGAAACAAUAACCAUCAAAGAUACGGGCGGUCCAUACAAGACUUAUAUUGAUGACGAAUGUGUAUACUGGAUUGACAAAAUUUCCAGUUUGGCGGAAUUGUGGAACGUUGAUAAUGAAUUUAUCAAACGGCAACAGGUAGUAGGUUUUUACCAUCUAGGUUUCGACUCGUUAGCAGAGAAUCUGUUAAGUAGUGUAAGUAACCCAGAAGAGGUACUGCCGCCUCUUGUGGCUAUUACAACACAACGGCUGAAGCAUAGUCAGACGAAUUCUAGCAACCAGCCAGAAUGGAUCGUUACUGUGCCGCCGCAUCUUUAUAAACGGCUGCAGAAUACGGCUCUGGACAAUUCUAUUCCUGCUCAGCCGUCUCUAGAUACCACAGUGACUGUACUACGUCAAAUACUUUAUCAGAUUCGUAAAAAAUCCUCGGAUCCGCUUAUAGAUGUUCAGAGCAACAUCAAACUGGCUGAACUCAUGAUUGAAACAUGCGAAAUACUCUUACGGAAAAAGUUGUAAAUUAAUUUAAGCAAUAUAAUUAAUACAAGAAUGUUAAAAUAUAUGCAUCAUAUGUAUACACAUAUGUAUAUACAUACACACACAGAUUAUGCAGCGUAUUUAUUAGUCGUUAAUGUUCUUUUUCUUCCGUCAUGCAUUCUCUGGAAGAUUAUAUUAACUUGUUAUUUGCAGUAACAUAUAAAUAUUGUACUAAGUAAUUGUUAAAUUUAUGUAAUUAUGGUGGAACUUAAAAUGUUAUCCGUUGCAAUAAAGAUAUGCAA